UCUCUCUCUCUCCCCCCCUCUCUCCCCCUCUCUCCCCCUCUCGCCCCCUCUCGCCCCAACUAUGCAGCCAAUAUGUCAGCCCUCCUCCCCUCGACGCCCUUCGCUGGGGCUUUAUGGUGUAAAUGAUCCAGGCCAGUCUGCCAGGAUCAUAUUUUUCCGCAAGUAUAAAAGACAGCCCCUCCACCUCUUCAGUCCAUCCAUGUGUCCUCAGUCGCACUCAUCCCCGUCUGCUUCGCCCCCAAUCUCUCGCCCUCCCCAACGAUGCUCAAGGCUACCUUCCUGCUCGCCUUUUUCGCCAUCCUGGCUGUGGCCUCCGCCAGCUCCGUGAAGGCCCCCAAGAAGUUGGCUACUCUGCCCAGCCGCUUUGCCGCUAAGCGGGGCGUUGCUAGCCAGGCCAUCAACGACGAGGUCGGUGUCAUGGUCAACUCCGCUUCCAACCCCUGCGAGUAUGCCCUUCGUGAUUUCGCCGACGCCAUCGAGGAGGACUCCUGUUCUUCCUAUGCCCUCCGGCGUGCCCAUCAGGUUGGCCUUUGCAUGGUCGAGCAGUCCAAUCUCUUUGAUGGUAAGACUGUCAACACCUCGAACGCCUUCGAGGAUUGCUCCAAGUAUGCCAUUGAGCACCGGAAGUUCUGCAAGAGGGUCGAGCCCGAUUCCGAUGCUGCCAAUGACGAUCUCUCGUACUUCUCCUGCCCGACUCGCUACCCUACCAGUGCCGGCAACAAGAGCUUCCCGAUGAAGGGCUGCGACAACAUCGGCAUGGACAAGAUCUUCACCCGUGCCUACAAGAGCUGCGAGGACGGCGAUUUCCUCGGGUUCUCUCUUGACUCGCUUUGCAACAACAAGAAGUGUGUCAGCGCCCUGGAGGAUGCCUUUGAGUGCAUCGUCGAUCGGUAUGCCGAGGACUUCGGCAUUUGUGCUCUGGUCAACAACACCUACUCCUUCUCGGUCUUCUGCCCGGAGGAUUCCAUCGGCUACAAGACCUUCACCAAGCUCAACUGCAAGGAUGCCAACAAGUAUGCCCUGGUCGCGGAUGACUACCGGGAUCUUGCCUAA